UAGAGGUAUCUUCAAGGGCACCGCCGGACUGCUCGACCUCGGUCGUCGCGCUAUCUCCUUCGUCCAACAAACUGCCCAGAAGUAUGGAAAAAUCUUUUCCUACUGCAUCCCCUCCACCCCCAGCACCAUCGGCUACCUCAACUUCGGCAGGGCGUCCUCCUACAGCAACAUCAAAUACAUUCCGUACCAUUCCAUCUCCAAGGCCGCCUCCCUCUACGGCAUCGACCUCGUUGGAAUCACCCUCAGUGGCAACAAUCUCCCGAUCUUCGCCUCCAUGUUUUCCUCCGGCACCAUCAUCGACUCAGGCACCGUCAUCACACGGCUCCCUCCGGCGGCGUAUGCUCCUUUGAGAGACGCGUUCAGGAAAUUCAUGUCUGCGAGGUACCCGAAGGGGGAAACGGAUGACUUACUGGACACAUGCUACGAUCUGAGUGGCAACAACACUAUUUACAUUCCAAAGGUAUCAUUGACGUUCGGUGGUGGGGUGAACGUGGAGUUGGACAUAGCAGGGAUUCUGUACAUAAUUAGCAUAAGGCAAGUCUGUUUAGGGUUUGCUGCGAAUGAAAAGGAUGACGAUGUGGCCAUUAUCGGAAAUACACAGCAGAAAACACUGGAGGUAGUGUACGACAUUGAUGGUGAAAAGAUUGGGUUUCGAGCCGGUGGCUGCAACUAAUUAAUAAUUGGUCCAGUGGACCAAAAAUAUCUUCAACUUGUAUAUUAAACUCUAUCUUGCUGCUUGUCUGCAACAAAAUCCUUAAGAUGAGUGAGGAAAGUG